AUGGGGUCCCCGAGAGAAGGGUGGCUGGUAAACUACGCAUAUAAACUGCACCAAACUACUCACUACGCCUCCCCGGGCUUCUUGCUAACCAUCGCUUGUCCGAUCCUCUUCGCUCUGCAAGGCGCCGUGGUGAAUAAGUCUGGCGUCACUGUGGACUCGGGAGUGGCCCAUGCUGUGCUCUGGACUGUGCUCGUCGGCAUACGAUUCAACAUCAUCAAGCAAUGGUCUCUCGGUGAGGACCGUCCGUUUUGGUGGGUGUCGGAAUCGCCUCACUUCACGUGGCAACGUAUCCCCGACUUACGCCAGUUUCCCGUCACUUGUUUGACCAGCCCCGCGGCUCCGCUCUUCAGCCUCUUGGCCGCGGGGGCUGGAAUCGUGAUCGUGAAUGCCGCUGUGAAGCUCAUAAAAUCCAUAGAGUUCAAGAACGCAAGACAACGACGCUGGAUUGUCAUUGGCACGUGGCUGAGUUUCGGAGUGUUUGUCGGUUCGGUGGCUGAGGCAGAAAUGUUGUUCUCGACGAAUUUCCCCCAUCAAGUUGCUAUCUCGCUUGCCAUUGGUUUGUCUAUAGGGUACGUUGCCACUCGCAGGAGUUUCUCAGGCGUCGCCAGCAUCAAGAAAAUCUUACUUGUAAACUUAGUCAUCAUGGCCCUCUGCUACUUGGCCAUGUGGAGAGGUGAAGCCAUUGCUACAUUCAACGAUUACCAGAAACUGGUAUUCAAAUGGUGCCAAAGAAGAGAAUGGAUGCAGAUUGACCCAAGUCCGCUCCUCGACUCAUUCCUUUACACGGGUUACGCCAUCGGAGCAGAACUCUUGAGAAAAUCUUCCUAUUACAAGCGUGUCAACAAACCCAAGUUCACAUACAAGAUGAUAAUUUCCCUCGUAAUACUGAACCUCGGGGCUGCAUUGGCAAUAGCCCUGAUUUUCGACGCCAUUCCGAAGACUCUAAAGCAACCUCACGUCUACGCUUGGUACGCGGCCCAGCUUGUAGGGGGCAUCCUGAUCCCUUACAGCUACGGUGCUGUGGUACCGUAUUUCGUGCAAAAAGUAUCUGGAGUUCCACCUCUAAAAAUUGUCAGGUGUCUGUUUCUGCGACCACCUGAUUGAUUUGUACUGAGGGUCUGGGUACUAUUGUUCCAAGUGUGACUAAGGCAGGACAAGUGAAACACGAUUAACGCUAGAACUAUUAUAAUA